GAGAACAACAUUGAGGCUGGCGGCGAGGACGCGGAGCGGGGUGGCGUGAAUGUCGGGCAUCGCGGCGGCGCCUGCGGGCUGGGGUCGGCGGGUGCCGAUCCGCUGAGCGACGAGGGCCGGCAGCGUCGGGGUGGGCUACGAGACGCGGAGCCGAGCGCCGGCGCGUCGGCUUGUAAACAGAUGCUGACACGUGAUGUGAAGAGUCCGCAUUGUUUCGGAGAUCUUUCUGGAGAAAGACAACAGCCGGGCAAGGGAUUCCGUCGUGUUCGAUCCGCGGCGCCGGCGGCCCACCGACAGGGCCGCCGCCGAUCUGAAUGGUGGGGCACUUUCGGCUGCAGGGAGAAGGAGGAGGAGGUGGAAGCGUUCCGAUCAAGAUGGCUGGUCCAGCUCUAAACUUUUAACGGAUGUGGAUCUUAUUGCCUUUAUUUUCAAGCCUCCGAGGGGAUAAACGAUGUCGUUCGCCGUGGAAGACAACCUGGAGUCCGACUGGGUAGCUGUUCGACCCAACGCCUUCGACGAAAAGGAAAAACACAAGUUUGUUUUCAUUGUUGCUUGGAAUGAAGUGGAAGGAAAGUUUGCCAUAACGUGUCAUAACAGGACGAUUCAGAGGAAGAAAAUUGGGGCCAGGGACCAUUGCUCAAGAGGGGAAGAGGAGACCCAAAUGCCACAAGAAGUUUCGGUGCGGAGCCCAGUUCGAGGGCCUGCGGGAAUAAAGAGUCCAGCUCGAAAGGGGGUUGGGGUCAGAAGACCAACUCGAGGAAGGACCAGUAGCAAGAGUUCAUCUCCUGGAGAAAUUGGGGCCAAGAGUCUAGGGGCUGCUGAGAUUAAUGUGGAGGAGGGCAAAGUGGUAGAUUCUGCUCUUAAUCAAGUUACUGAAAAAGUGGACAACAGGGUCCAGGAUCAAGAUAAAGAUAAUGUAGUCCCAGAUGACAGCAGUUGGGCUGGACUGUUCUCCUUUCAGGAUUUGAGGUCUAUCGACCAACAACUUUGUGCUGUAAAUUCAGAGUUGGAGCCUUAUUUACCAGUAUUUCCUGAGGAGCCUUCAGGGAUGUGGUCAGUGCUGUUUGGAGCCUCCGAAGUGAUUGAUGAAGAUAUGGAUGUGCUUUGCUUACAGCUUCAAGUUUAUCUUGGCCAUGCUCUGGAUAUUUGUGGAUGGAAAAUUCUCUCUCAUCUCUUGUUCACUGAAAAUGAUAACCCCGAUGAAUAUUAUGAAAGUCUGAGUGAGCUGAGACAAAAAGGAUAUGAAGAGGUACUACAGAGAGCAAAGAAACGAUUACAGGAGCUGCUGGAGAAACACAAGGUUACAGAUGUCAUGGUGGAAUUGCUAGAACUAUACCAAGAAGAAGACGAUGCUUAUGCUGCUUUAUCAGAAGCAACCACAGAACUCUAUCAAUAUCUUCUGCAGCCUUUCAGAGAUAUGAGAGAACUGGCAAUGCUGAGAUGUCAACAGAUAAAGAUCUCAUUGGAGAAUGAUUAUCUUGGACCACGCAGAAUCGAAAGUUUGAAGAAGGAAGAUUCUGAUUGGCAAAGAAAAGCCCAGAGAGCUGUACUGUCUAUACAGGAUUUGACAGUGAAGUACUUUGAGAUUACAGCCAAAGCUCAGAAAGCUGUAUAUGAUCGAAUGCGGGCUGACCAGAAGAAAUGUGGGAAAGCAGCCUGGGCUAUGGCAGUAGAAAGGAUGGAAAAGCUUCAGUAUGCGGUUGCAAAGGAAACUCUGCAGCUCAUGCGAGCAAAGGAGAUCUGUUUGGAGCAGAAGAAGCGAACGCUUAAGGAUGAAAUGCAAAGUCUUCAGAAUAGCACAGAUGCCAUUGCACGGCUGGACUGGCUAGAAGCUGACUAUUAUGAUGUGCAGCUUCAGUUGUAUGAGGUGCAGUUUGAGAUUCUAAAAUGUGAGGAACUACUAUUAACAGCACAACUUGAAAGUAUUAAGAGACUUAUUACAGAGAAACGAGAAGAAGUUGUUUACUAUGACACCUAUGAAAGCAUGGAAGCCAUGGAAGCAACAGAAGAUAUGGCAUCAUCAGUGCUCCCACAGAAAAUGGAACUGGUGAAACUGCAGCAAAAAGUGCGUCAGCUUGAGGCUCGACGAAGUCGCAUUUCAGCCAAGAAAGCCUACCUCAGAAACAAGAAGGAAAUCUGUAUUGAAAGCCACAAUGACAAGAUGAAGCAGCACAAGCAUAGUGAAGAAUACAGAUCCCAACGUGCGGUGCAGCUGGAUCGACAACAGGAAGAAGACAAAAGUAGUAAAUGGGUUAGUCAAGAGCGACAGAGAACAUUGGAUAGAUUGCGAAACUUUAAACAGAGAUAUUCUGGGCAAGUUGUGCUGAAAUCCACGAGGUUGCGUUAUACAAAUAUCAGAAAGAAGGAUGCUGGUUUGGUCAGCAAAGACCAAACACUGUCUCUUCCAGUAACCGUAGAUGUACAAGAAAGAGCUGAGGAACCCCCUUUUACCAUGAAGGAAACAAAAUCUACUGCAGCAACAGAAUUGAGAAAUAUAACAAAAGAACAGGAAUGUGCUUCUUUCCAGACAGAAGAGGAUUUGUUGCAACCUGUUUCCAUUUCAAGCCCAUGUAGCAUUGAUGUACCUCCACCACCUCCACCUCCUCUACCACCACCUCCACCACCAAUGCCAGUUUGUGAAGACUCACCUGAUGCUCAGCAUCAAGUAGAGAAAUCUGCUCAGCCAAGUGACUGCAAAGAAAUAUCACAGUGUGUGAGUUCACCUACACCUCAGUUAUUUGACAGCAAGCAGCUACUAAAUGCCAGAAAAAAAUUAAAGAAAACUGCAUCAAGUGAUGAACUCAGAAAACAAAGAGUGAGCUCACCGAUGGAUGAAGUUCUAGCUUCUUUGAAGCGGGGUAGCUUCCAUUUGCGAAAAGUUGACCUGCGUUCUUUGCCUCCAUUUCCGGAUGAAGAUGACAGCAAUAAUAUACUUGCACAAAUUAGAAAAGGAGUGAAGUUAAAGAAGGUUCAGACAGAGGCCCUGAGAGAGGCUUCAAUAGAUUUGCAUGAUGCUGAUCCUCUAACACGCAGCAUUCACGAAGCUUUGAGGAGAAUUAAAGAGGCAUCCCCUGAAUCAGAGGAUGAUGAGGAUGAAGGCCUACCAUAUGCUGAAUGGGACAACUAACUCAUUGGCUAAGGCUAUACAGCACAUAAUUUUAAACAUAGCCUUCUGGUUCCUCCCAAUGACCUGUUGAUUUUUGUUGGUUCUAUAGAGGAGUGGGUGGCCCCUGAUUAAUAGAGCAAUGUACCCCUUGAACUUGUGCCUAAUAUGAAGUCACUUAAUGUCUAAACUAAUGGGCAGCAUAUAACAUAGCAUUUAAAAUUUCCACAAACUGAUGGGAAGUUUUGUGGCAUUAGUACGGUCAAAGGUUAAUAUUUUUAGUGUUUGUGAUUAUGUUGUUCUCACAUCCCAUAUGAUUAAUAUGCACUCCCCCCCCCCCAACCCCAGUGCUAAAUGGAGAGGAUAAAGAAAAUACCCUUGGUUUAAAACAAAACUCCAGAAUUCCUGCGCUGUAAAAGUUUGAGCUAGCUCAAUUCUAAUUUGAUACUCAAGUUACCAAAGUUUUUAAAUCAAAAAUUAAAAGCAUAUUUCUGUACAUUCAACAAAAAUGGAAGACAGAGUUCAAUAGCAUCAGUAAAAUCAUAUGAAAUAUAAAUUUUGGUUAGCUACAGCUAUUCUGUGAAUUAUCAUAUGUAUAGUAAAAAUUAAAUUUUACUGCAGUAAUGCAAUGAUUUGUAUCCCAAGCCAACCUAUGGAUUGCCAAUUGUUUGAUCUAGAUAAUUGCAAUAAUCGGUAUUGCAAAAUUUUAGUAAUAAAAGGGUCCAGCAAGGUUAAGAUGUAAAAUAAUUAACUACAAAGUAAUAAUUUUACAUUAUUUAAUUAUGUAGCACAAAUUUAAAGACUUAUUUUUGAUCAGUCGAUUAAUUAAGUUGUAGGUUGAGUGAUUUAUGUUCAAAUUAUCUAUAUGUGCAAAACAUUUCAGAACUUAGUAUUUCUGAAAGAUUUCAUUAAGAACUUUCAAGAGAAGACUUAACCAUGUAUCACACAUUUUGACUUACAAAAAUUGGAUAUAUCCAGAGUAUUUUAAUACUUAAGCUCAAUGUUAUUUAAUCUGUACAUUUUGAUUUAUUGUAUCUUCUUUCCAACAUUUUAAAAUUUGGCUGAAGUUGUAUUGGUUUUGACUACUUACCGAGUUGUAUGUGGAAAAGUACAUGGUUCUAAAACCUCCAGUGACAUGGCUGGAGACAAAAGGAGCUUUCGGCAGGAAUAUUUUAAAUAACGUGUCGUACUACUAAAUUUGUGGAUCAUGUAAACUAAGAUAUCCAUUUUCUCGGCAUAUAUAUAAUUAUUUCUGAUAUCUGUUCAGGGGGAUAUUUUGUAAUGACGUAUUUGGGGGCUGAAACCACAAAUUAGUGAUUUACUCUGCAGUUGGGGAAGGCAGCAACAUAGACUUGACCAGAGAUAUGAGGAUAUUUAACUCCUUAUGCGAUAAAGCUGUCAGUUUGAUCUAUGAAUUUCUUUCAGAUUUUUGCUAAUACAGUAAGAAAACAGUGGAGUAGCAAAACUUUGUCGCAAUCCUAAUUCAAGUAGCAUAGUAUUAAAUAGUUUCAGAAAACUUCUUUAUGUGAGCAAAGGGUACAUUUAAAUCUAAAUCUAAAUUUUAAAGUUGAACUGAUAGAUUUGUAUUUAUUUUAUUUAUUACAUGUAUAUUGUAAACUUCUAGAAAGGAAAAUUGGGACAAGUAUUGGAUUGAUGGACUCCCUCCCAGCUUCCCCCAUUCCCACCCCACCCUGAUAAAAUUUAGUUGCCUUUUCCCUUGGACCAAGGUUAUUUAAGCAUUUGGGAGAUUUAUGAACCUGGCUUAUAUCUUGAUGUGACCAAUGUCGAAUAUCAAGAAUUUUUGAUCAUCUUGCAAAUUUACUGCUUCAUGAGUGAUUUAGUAUAUAUUAACUGUAGAGAACAAAGAGCAUAAUUUCAGGAAAAUCUGUUGGUUGUACCAGUAGAAAUGUAUUAUAGAAAAUAAUGUAUUUAUAAAUAAAUACUAUCCAUUAGAUCAACGACCCAAAGGGAUGAAAGUUGUCAAGUAAAACUUUGCCUGGGAGUUGCUAUGAAUUCUAAUUUGGGUAUCAAAACUGUUUUGCCACAUUCUUCCUUUUUUAAUGCACUGAUCAAAUAUGCCCUAAACUGAAAUGAAGAAAUUGUAACAACUUCUGAAACAAUAGGUGAAGAUGGAAGUAUCAUGUGUGGCUAUGAGUUUAAUCUUUUGUAGCUUUACACAUGCUUGUAAUUUAUAUUUCUUUGACCCAGGCAGUACUAUGAGGGUGUAUUUUUGUUUUAUAUUCUUGAUCAAUGUGUGCAUUAUUAUGAAUCUUUUGAUCAUUGAAUUGCAUAAAGCUUAUAAAAGAAUAAUUAUUUAUUUUCAUAAGCAUUCUGUAAGUAUUAGCAAAAUAAUUUGCUCGUUAAUCAGGUUUUCUUAUAACAAAGCCUGAUGAAAAUUUGUUUAUAAUGAAUUCUUAAAUAUAAGAUACUGUUAAAUCAUCCCUGGCACUGUGGUAAGAAUCUAACCUUCCAGGGGACUUAGUGGGUUUUCUGCAUAAUUCCUGAAUAAUCCUAAGAAAAAAGUAAACUUAUUCAUUUCUGACAUUGAGUAUCUUGCAUAGGAUUUAUUCCCAAAGGACGAGUUUAUUUAAAUCAGUAAAAUAUGGUUUGAAAAUACCCAAAUGACCACAAGUUGGCAGAUAAAGCACAGUUGUUACAAUAUUGUAUUAAAAAAGGCACGUUAUUUUACUCAAUUUAACAAAUUGAGAUAUUGUACAAAAUUUUUGUAUGUUCUUUUAAAGACUAUACUCACAUCAGUAAAAGAGUUUGUGCAAUUAGCUAGGGUUAAAAAAACAAAAACUGAUAAUAUUGGAGAUGUCAUCCAGAUUUGAAAAUGAGAAUAUUACAAUAGUAUACAUUAGCAUGUGUGGCCUUUGACAGACAGGGUAGGGAAAUGAAAGAAAAUUAGCCAAUUCCAUAAUUACAUCUUGAUUAUCCAUAAGGCAGUUUGGAAUGAUGUUUCGAAUCUCUAAAAUUAAGACUUAAUUGUAAUGACUACAUAAUGUAACUGCAGGCAGCACAUAACGUAGAACUUACAAUUGUUAAGCUGCUGUUACAGAUGCUUGGGAAAUGUUUAUAAACAUUUGAAAUAGUGCAGUGCUAUGGUUUACCUGCAUGUUAUUUUUUGGCACAGUGUUCACUUUGAUGUAAAUUCUAACCAAAUUGAAGAGCUUUUAGCCUGUGGCCAUCAUAUCAGCUAACUUUUGUAACAUCAGCAUUUUAAGUAGGAAUCAUUUCUUUAGCCCUCAUGUGAUUGCAGAUACAAAACUUAAAUGUGGGCCCUGAUAAUCCAAAAUAAUGCUUGUUACCGAAUGGAGUAUACAAACUGCCAUUUGUAUGAGAGCAGCAAAUUGCAAAGGAGGAAACUGCUUAAGUAAAUAAGUCUGUGCAAUUAUUAAUUUCAUGCAAGUGCAUUGGUGAUUUGAAUAUUAUUUAUAGGUUAGAUCUGUGUUUCAUGUUGAUAUCCAUCUUUGAAAUAUGAUAAAUAUCAUUCACUUGGUCCUUAACAGACUCGUAUGAUGUAAGGAAAAAUUAGCGAAUGAGUUUUAAGCACCUUUAGUUGAAAGUUACCUGUUGCUUACAAGCAUGCUGCACUAAUGAGUGUUAGGCUUAGAAUUACUCAUUAGCUGCAUUUCAUAUGUUUAGUAAAAGUUAUGCAUUGUAAUAAACUAUGCCUCUGACAUUCCCUUUUAAAAACAAUCUCUUCCAUACAUUGCAUAUAGCUAUUUGAAAUGGUGUUUUCAUAGACUUGUUUUAAAUUUGUAGUCUUUAAGUUCAGGUCAUCUUCUAGAUAAAAUUGAAUAGAUGUAAACCUUAUCAAUGAAGAUUAUCUUAACUUCAUUUCCAAAACCAUAAUUCUUAAUUAUAGACCAGAAUUAGUAAACCUGCUAUUUGUUGUGUUAACUGUACAUAACAUUACUGAAGGGCAACUUGUGAUAUUUGUUAUGAUAGUCCUGAUUUUGUUAAAAAUUUUCUAUAGAAGCAGUACAGAUUCUCCCCAGGUUAUGAACAGCUGACUUUGGGCACACCAUGCAUACAAAUGAGCAUUUGGGAUGGAUAGAUUUGGAUUUCCCAGCUACAAUGGGGUUGCAGACAUGGGCAUUUCCCCACGCCUCUGCCUGCAGCAGUUGAUGGAGGGAUGGCUGCUGGAGCGAACUGCACCCUGCUGGCACCCGUUCUUCCUGCACUUGCUUGACGUCCUGUCACAGCUGUUUCUGUUAUCCUCUCUCACACAAGGGUAGAAUGGACUCUUCUACUCCUUUUGGAAUUAAUGACAAGAAUUGAUUAUGAUUCAUUGUUUACAAAGCUUGAAGAGUAAUUCAGCAACCAUUUCUGAUAGCAUCAAUAAUACUAAUGGAAAUUAGUAUGAAUAGAAUAAAUUUACCAAAUCCAUGUUGCAAAGGUGCACCACCCUCGCUCAAUCUAUUGUGUUGAGCGCGAUCACAAUUAACUAUUUUCAAAUGAUGAAUAAUAUUUUCAGAUGAGGCAGGGCACAGAGAACAAUUAUACACUUUCUCUUUUUAUAUUCUCAUAAAGGUACUUAUAAGAUUCCCCUUUUAAGCAAAGAAUUGUGAACUCUUAAUACAUAUAAUAAAUGCAAGUUUAAUGUUUGUCAUGAUGUUUACAGAAGAUUUAUAAUGUGUACCCUUGAGUUAACCCAUAUAUUGCUGAUCUGGUACCUCUGAGUGCCAGAGACACAACUACAUCAAAUAUUGGGUCAUAGGUAGGAUCCAUUUAUUAUAACUUAUAAAUAGUUUAUAUCACUUUUGUUAGUACAUUCUAGAAGAGCUUGGUUGCAGAUGUCUGCUGGAUGAGUGUGUUGGUAAAUGAGGUUUGUUUAGUGUGUUCCAGGUUUUUGCUUUAGAAUGAGUAAUGCGUCCUGCAUGUAUUUUCUAAUGGCAGAGCUAUUAAGAGUUAUGAUGUUUCUCCGUUGCAGUGAAGGUCUGAGUUUUGAGAAUCUGGGCACAGUGGCUUUUAAAAGGUGCACUUGAAGUAUUGUAUAUUUUUGACUUACUAGAAAAAGAAGCAUGGUUCAAAAUGGCAAAGGACAAAUUUUGGAUUGGUGUCAGGAAAUUGUUGAAACAAAGCUUAAUAAACAUAUGAAAUGUUCUUCAGGAUUGUUAUAUGGGUACAUAAUUUUUGAAUUAAUCCAUGGAAGUUUUUGAUGUGGUGAAAGCUCUGUGUUCUUUAUGAAAUUGGAUGCAGCAGAUUAUUCAUGGUUAUCUAAAGUGAUGAAAUAUCAUUUUCGUACAGAGAACCAAUGAACCUGGAAUAUUUAUAAGAAAGUAGAUUAAGUAUCCUCUUUUGAGUUACCAUGCAUUGGAUGUUCAGCACAAGAAUCUGUUUAUAUGUAGGUCUCCUUCUCAAAAAGUUGAAUAAAUUGCUUUAGUUAAGACAUGCAUGGGAUUAUUUGCAUCCUGCAGUAUUCAUGUUGAUUUUAAUGGUAUCGUGUAUUUACCUGGAGAUCAUCAGUAUUCUGACACAAAACAAUAUUUCUGUCACCAGGUCAGUGCUUACUCAGCAGGUACGAGUUAAUAACCAUUCUGCUGUAAGAAUCUUGUGAUACUGAGAUAAGGGGAUCUAACUUGAAUUAUCAAGUUCACGUUUUUGUGGAUUACAUACGAAGAGUGCAGGCCCGGUCUCUUCUCCACGAACAGAUUGUCAUUAUGGUCUUAAGGCAGCAGAUUAGAUAAGUUUAGGAAAUUUUCCACUUUGAUGCUGCUUAGUAUUUAUGAGAAUAACUUGGAUGAAUUACUUGCAUUUUAGUGUUCAUCUGGUUUGAAUUUUUAAUUGUACAUCUGGUUUUAAAUGUUAACUAAGAUGUGUUGCUUAACUUCAAAAGUACUGAGUCCACAGAGUAUUUCAUUGGGAGCAAAAGGAAAGGAAAUGUAAACUCAGUUACGUAUUUGAAAUCACACUAAUGCAGUGUUGAGUUUGACACUGCUUCUGAUUUCAUUCUGACAUUUGACAUUCUGCAUUUAUUAUCACCUUUAUCAGAGAGCAAACAAAAAGACUUAACUGUUUGUGGAUUUAAGCUUAUGGCAGUAACUACUUUUUGGCUAAUAAUUAAAGUUUUAAGACAUUAAUUAGGAUUAUACCUAUUUAAUCAGUGUCCUGAUAUAUUGAAACUGUCAUUAAUCAAAUGAUCAAACCAUGGAGCACAUAGGUGGGGUUUUGGACAAAACUACAUGGAUGCAAACAAUGAAGUCUUACACUACAUUGACAAUUGUAGAACUAAACCGUUGGAAAAAGGUAUAUUGACCAUGGGUUUUCUUUUCCUCUGAAAUUCAAUGUAAUUUAUUUCUGCUGUGCAAACUGACAUUUAAUAAAACAAUCUCAUGUAAUAAAUGGAAAGCCGAGACCAGAGUGAGACGUGAUUGUAGCUGGCAAUAAAAUUAAUCCAUCCAAAAUAGAGGAUCAUACAGACAUCUUGAGCUUUUGAUGGUCAAAAUGUUUCCUCUAAGCACCUAUUAAUUUGAUGAUAGGAAUGUUUUGGUGAUUUGUUUUUUAAAAAAUGUUAGAUAUUUUAGAAACAAAAUAGUGAAAAGAUUAUCAAUGUGAAUUUAAAUAUUUUGCAUCAAGAUGAGUUAUUUUUGCAGCAUUGCAACUAAUAUUGCAUUUGCAUGAAAUUGAUCUUCAGAGAUGAGAGAUCUGUAGUUUGAACUGAUAUGCUUCAUUAUUUAAACUUCAUACAGUCUACAAGAUUCAGUUUGGAAGAAAGGCUGAUACCAAUUUUUGUUAUAAUGAGUAAAGAAUAUGUAUGAUACUUAGAAAACUGCAGUAGAUAUGCAGUUGGUGAGUUGUCUUUUUUAAUCUUCACAUUCUCCCAGGCAAAUGAUGGUUUGGUGUUGAAAAUGAAGAGCUAGUUGUACUGGUAAAACAAAAUGCAACUACAAAUUUUGACUUUUCUCUUACACAUAGUCAUAGUAUUUAAGUUGCUAUUCCAACUUCAGCAUCCAUGUAAAUAUAAUUUUAACGUUUUCUUUUAAAUUGCAUGCUUGAAGUGUUACUGAAUGAUUUAUUUUCCUUAAUGGUAGAAUAGUUUUCAGAGCCCAUGUGACUUCUAACAGCUCUAUAGUUACUGCUAAUUAGUUAUGAUUAGCAGUUGUGAGGAGUCCCGUAAUUGAGCUUGCAUGGAAGGGAUAAUUCAUUGACUCUCCCCUAGAGUGUCAGAAGGGAAGGAAUCUGGGAGUACAAUUUAUAAUUCUGAGCAUAAUUUUGGAGCUCUUUUUCUCUGGUCUGUGUUCCUAGUAAGAAAUCAGUUUAUUGCAAUUGCAUGAUCAUAGCAUUACCUCUGAAGAAAGAUAAUUCUCUUGGCAGUUGCUGCAGUGAUUGCUGCUUAAACCAGUCAAGAGCUCUCUGGUUCAUAUCAUGCUUUGUAGAGUUUGUUGAGUCACAAAGUAACACAAAAGUGUCUUCCCUUGACUGGUAGUUAAAAUAUUUUUUAUAUAAAUGACCUAAAAUUGUACAUCCAAAUCACCAGUAAUGCAAUAAUUCAACUGAAAUAGUGAUGUGUGUUUAUUUUACAGCAUAAUUGAAAAAUGGUCAUUUGAUACAAACUACUUUUUUUAAGUUUGCUUUUAAAGGUAGAUGAAGUUUUUAAAAAAUGGUGUGCAUUCUUUGUCUCCUUCAUGUGUUUUUUUUUUGGUGUAUUCACUGAACGUAUACUGUGUUUCAUGUUGUCUCAUCCCAAAAGUAAGCUGCAACUCAGCUCUAUGGUUUAACAUAGCUUUAUUUUGCACUUACUACAUAAUAUAUACUCUAUGGUUAAGAAAAGUCGUACUGUGUGAUGUGGUUCUACACCAUGCUUGUAAUGCCUAGGUUAUGGCAUUUACAAAUCUAACCGCUAAGAAGCUGCAGUACUGCAGUUUUCUGAAGGAAAUGGGUGAAGGAAAAGACUGACAAGAGACUGGCCUUGUGCAAUAUUUGAAUUCACUCGAAGAAACACUAGCACAAUGUUUUAACUUUAUGGCAUUUAACAUAUUUUUAAAAAACAAAUUGUAUUCUAAACGGUUAUAAUUAAACCUUAGUGCGUAAAAAAAAAAAUAACAAAUAAUAUUUAUUGAGCAACAUAAAUAUAAAAGAAAUCUUGAGACUUAAGGAUCACGCAGCAAUAUAAUGAAAUGUAAAAUACCUGCUCUAGUUGUCUUCAUUUUACUUUUAUCUAUUCUAUAAGACCUUACUUCUGUAUUUUAAUCUUGGUAUUAUGUUCUAGUUUAUUUUUACUGAUGUGUUUAAGGCUAAAGUCCUCACGCACUGUAAUCACCCUUUUAACAUUGCAUUCACUGUUUUGGUGCUGAAAUCUUAUUUCAUUCAAUAAAGUAUGAUAUUUAAUUUA